AUGCAUAAAGAGCGUCGGAACUUUGAAUCACGCAGCAUCAGCUUUCAAUCUUCACAACGCACGGAAAGUUUCAAACGAAACAGUGUUCGAGCACUCAAAGAUGCUUACCGACGACCGGGAGGACUUGAAAUGAUUCUUGCGUCGAUUGAUGAUUCUCUCGUUCUUCUUUCUGAUUUAAUUGCUACUACUGCUACUGAUGAUAAAAAUUUACGAAGUGAUAAACAGCAUCAUAAACUUUUUUCUGCUGAUCAUACUGAUAAUGAUCAGGAUUUUAUGAUGCAAAAGAGCGAUAAAAAAAUUGAUAAUUGUGAUAACUUGAUUGAGAAAUCUUCAUCAAAAUCAGAAUUUCUAGAAAUAGCAAAAAUUGAUUUAACUGGUGAAGAAAUUAUACAAUGGAUGGGUGGUUUACCAAUAAUUAAUUCGAACAAAAUGCUUGCAUAUUUUUGCAACGGAGAAAAUCAUCAAAAAACGAAAAAAUCUUUACCAAAUCGUGAACCAUAUAAAAUUUUCUCUCUUAAUACUCAAAAACAGCAAUUUAAUGAUGAAAUAACUACCGGAAAUUUAAUUCGUGAG